AUGUCUUCUUCUUCAGAAACGCUUCAUGUGGUUCUAUUUCCAUUCAUGGCAAAAGGCCAUACAAUUCCACUUGUAAAUCUAGCUCGUCUCCUUUGCCUUCACCGUAACAAUAACAUCACUGUCACCAUCUUCACAACUAAUCCAAAUUCAGCAUUCAUCCGUCAAUCUUUAUCCGAUACAAAAGCUUCAGUGAUUGACUUAACAUUCCCGGAAUUCACACAUCCUGAAAUUCCUAAGGAGUCGAAAGUGCAGAUAAAUUACCAUCAUUUUCUCUCUUUUGCUAGUCUAACUAAACUCCUUCAACCAGAAUUUGAUAGAAUUCUUCAGAGUCUUCAACCGGAUGUCAGUUGUAUAAUUUCUGACGUAUUCUUUCCGUGGAGUCUUGAAUCCGCUUCCAAGUUAGAUAUACCUAGAUAUGAAUUCAGUGGAUGCAGUAACUUCACCGUUGCAAUUUACGAUAUCCUUGCUAUUCAAGAAUUUCCAGUCGAUUCUGACGACGAGCUUUUUAGUCUUGCUCCAAAUUUUCCCGACGUCCGGCUUACCAAGAAUGAUCUUGAACCUGAAGUUAUUCAUUCGCAACCAGGUGAAGUGACUGAUUUAUUUACAGAUAUCUACAGCGCAACGAGUAACGGUAACAGCAUAAUCGCCAACAGUUUCUAUGCACUCGAGUCGCAAUUCGAAGAUUACUUGAACAGAAAAAGCUCUUGUCCUUCCAAGGGACUCCGGAAUACACUUGGAAAGACAACGCCAAAAUUACCAAAAUUGAACAAAGAGUUUAGAGUGGGAGCAAUAUUUCUGAAGGGGCCAAAAUGA